CUCUCUCUUCCCUUUUAUUUUUUUUUUAAUUUCUUUAAAGUAUGCCACUGGCCAUUCAACGACAAAACGCUUUUAAAAGUGAAAAAGCACCCUUUAGCAACUACGGUUGUUGUAUCUGUCUUUUAAAUGAAGAAUGGGAAGCCUGGACAAGAGUGCGUUGUCAAUGUAGUAGAAUAGACUAUCAGGCUCAUGCUUAUUGUUUCAGCAAGACAAAACGGUGUAGACACUGUCAUGCACCCUAUGUAGAGAAAGGUAUUUCCAAAACAGAAAGAAUGAGACGAUGGAUUCAGGAUAAGGUGAAAAGAUAUCGAAAGGCAAUUGUGGUGAUGAUAUGCAUUAUGAUUUGUACAAUGGUGUUUAUGGAUUUACACAAAUGUACCCGAAUAAAACGAUUUGAUCAUCAUGCGAUACCUAGUUUACCUGAGAACGACCAUAUCUACUUACCUGUGUUGAAUCUCGGUUGCAUGAAUUCAAGGCCAAGUAAAUUUAUUUUAAAUGUUUAUUUCUUUUUCUUUACAUGUCCACUCUUGAUUUUUAUAUACACUUUGUAAAAAAAAAAAAAAAAAAAAAAAAAAAAAAAAAAAAAAAAAAGAAAAAAAAAAAAUCAAAAAAAAAAGCAAAAAAAAAAAA